UUCAUUGUUCAUUUCAUUUCGUCACAUAUCCCCCAACACCUACAUACCUCUCUCACGGGCCUGUAGAUCUGUAGAUUUUUUCCUAUCCAAAUCCCACUCCGAACCUUACAUAUAUUACUCUACUUCUACUUCUAUGUCUUGUCAUUUCCAUUUUCUCUCUUUUUUUUCAUCUCUUUUUUUACACGCAUGUGUCACAUCGCAAUAUUAUAUAACAUAUCGGCGCGGGCUUCUAUUCAGUUUUGUUGUUGGGGGAAAAAAUAACGGUGUUGGUGUUUUCGAAUUUUCGGGGCGGGCGGGCGUGCGGCGCGAGACGGUGUUCGGUGGGGGGAGCUUUGGCGUGUUUUUGGGUUGCUUCGAUGUUUUUUUCCUUCUCAUUUUCUUCAUGUACGAAAGUUGAUGGGUUUGCCAUCUACACGCAGUGGGCCCGUAAAUAUCGAUAUCAAC